GUGUGGUUAAAGCUUUAUUUCUGAAGAGUAAAUGAAAUAUGAAAACUACAUGAGCCAAACAGGAUUUCUUCUGUGUUUGCACUGUUGGAGUCUCAGAAAAACAACUCUUUAGGUAUCCUGAUAUUUGAAAAAGGAAUAUACUAGGCACUUACUUUGUAAAACUUGUCUAACAAAAUGCUUGGAGAAGCUUUCUUAAUUGAUCUUCUAUACAAAGAACAGAAAUAUGCAAAAUUUUGCAAACCAUUUAUGUGUAAGAAGACUGAAAAGGAAACUUGGAAAAAGAAGAUUUUAGAUAGAGAAGAAAAUUCACUUUCCUCUGCUGAGAUGGAAAAUCAAGAAACAGCUAGGAAAGAAAGUGUAACAGAGCAAAAUGAUGAUACAGAUCAAAUAAAAUCUGUGGAUGAAACAACCGUAGCAAAAUGCAAAGGUAUAUGUCUUCCAGGAAAUGUGUCAGUUGCAUUGCCCAUUUCAAAGAGAGAACAACUUGAUCAAAGACAACCAGAUUUAUGUAGAUCAUGGUUGUGUAUGAGUAUUUGCCACAAUUAUCCUGACCUACAGAUUGGAGGUGACGACAUGAAGAACAUAUGUGAUUCAGACUGCUUUAUGGAACACACACAUAAUGAUGUCUUUAAUGGUCCCCUUUUAUUUUCAGUUGGUAUGCCACUGGGUCAUUCUCCUGUCAUUGGGCCUCUAGAGACAUUACCUACCUCAAAAUUAUUGAACGGGGAUGAAAGCCAAGAAAAAAGUAUGUUGUUUCAAAAACAGCCCCUCUCUAAUUCUAUGCUUAAUACUUAUAUGGAAAGAAAGGUGGACGAGCUCUAUAAACAAUUAUUGGAAGAAAAUCUCACCAGAUGCCACUCUAUAACCAAUCUUAUGGCUUCCAAUUUGCUAAUGAAUAAUGUAAAUUACACCAGCCUUCAAACCUCUCAAGAGCAGAACGUUGAAUUAUGGAAAGAUCAGGAAGCUAUCCUACACUCUCUACCACUAUGUAAUCUCUGUAACCGUUCUCAUGGAAAGAGUUCUGAAUUCAGUACUCCUAACUUACAAAUAUCAAACCAGACAGUUAGGGAACUUCUAUGACAUCUACAGUAGAAACCAAAUGUAAGUUGUUUGGACAUACUUAAGGGACUGCAAUAACAAGAGUUUUCUCUGGCUUAUCAUGUCACAUCUAGCCUUCUUUGAGGUGUGGUUAUUAUAGUUUUUGAGAAAUGAUUUAUCCCAUGGUACAUCUGAAUUCUUGUAGGAGACAACUAUAGUAACUACAUUUUUGAGUGCAUGUUCUUAAUGUGUUGAUAUUUUAAUUGUUGCCAGAUUAAACUCUAUAUGUGUUUACCUAUUUAAUUUUCACUGGCACCCCAAAUCAAUUACCUCAGUGUCACACAGCUUUAUUUACAACAAAAAUGGGAUGAGGAGUGGAUUAUUGCUCUAAGAUACUGAGGACAACUAGAAGGUAUAUCAGAGAGGGACAUUUAUUUCCCCACAAAAUUGCAUUGAUAAUGACAAUCAAAAUAGUCUAGGGGAAAUAAUGAUAUGUAGUUAUGGAUAUGGAUAUGUAUAUCUGGAUAUCUAUAUGUGGCUAUCUAUCAAGAUUGAGUAUGGGGACAUAUAAAAGGAAAUACUUUAAACAAAAGUCAAAUUUAAAUGAUAUUUGAAAGAAACACGGAAGGGGGGCUUAAGGAAAAAUGGAAAAUUCCUAAGUACCAUUUGUAUUGAAACUUGGUGCUUUGGAACUUACCUGGAACGAGCAUUAACUGUUUUAUACGACUGUUAUUCCUGGUUGUUUUUAGGGAUGGGAGGAAACAAAACAUACAGGUAGAGUGAAGAAAGCAGAGUACCACCAUUUAGAAAUAAAAAGGCUCUCAGCAACUUAUUACACAACAGAUUAUCCUCAAUCAUGAUCCUGGCUUAGAGUGAAAGGCAGCAGUGUAUUACGGAAAUUUUCGGAUUUAAAUUAAAUACAUUGACAAAAUAUAUCUAAAGUAACAGUAUAAUUUAUUGCAGACUUGGAGAAAAGCUUCCACCCUUUUAAUAGAAAUAGGAAGAUGAUCGGCAUGCACUUGUGUGUUGUAAAAUAAAAUGGUAUUAAUUUCUGUUAUAGAAUUCUUAUGAUUAUGUUAUGCAUUAAUAAGAUUUGUGCAUUGACAAUCACAUAUUCCCUUCCAAUUUUUUCUUGGGUCUUUGAUUAACUCUUGUAGAAUGAGUCACCAUAAUGCCCUAAUAGCUUGUUCUUUAUGAUCACACAAUACUUAGUUUAUUUUCACCCUCUUCAAAUGUAUGCGAACUAAUAAUAAGUACCCCUGAUUUGUCUUCUGUUUUUCUCUUUAUUGCUCCCUUCCACACAAUCCUCUACCAUAACUGUCCCAAUCAAUUUUUAUCAUUCAGACAUUUGAUUCUGAAGAGACAAUGAGUAAGAGUUUUGGAAAAACCAACUCAGUAUCUUUAGAUACUGAAAAACAGUUGUAUGUAUAUUGUCUUUUAUGCUGUUAAAUUUCAGCAUUUUAAUAGAAGAGUUACUAAAAUUAUGAAAUACUAAUGUCAAAAUUUACAAAAGUGAAUUAAAUGUCAUGGGACAGUAUUACUAGUGUGAAUGGUUUUCUUAGGUACAGUAAUAUGUAUUAAUACUUUAUGAAGCAGUUAUAUUCAUAAAGUGUUGAAAUUACAUAGUAUCAUAUAAAAAGCCACAGUAUUUAGUAUUUAUCAAAUUUAUACAUAUAUUUAAUUACACUCUCAUAUUUAAAAUUUUCGCCUCUUUAUCUGUGUCAUCAAAAUAUUUAUCAUCUAAAGAUACUCACUUAUGGUUAAAAUGGUUUAAAAAUACAAUGCAAUUCUUAAGUAAGGAAGGAUGAUGAAUUUGGUGUUAUGUUUUAUCCUGACCUCAUACCUACCGACUUUAGUGCUGGAGUGAAAUAUGCAUAUGACGUUGUGAUUUAUCACAGUUUGGCUUUAAGUAGUCAUUCUUCAUUCUGUUUUUCACCAUGAGUAUUAUUCAUAUGACCACAAUGUUCCCUUUCAAAACAUUUUUUGAAACAUAUGGAAUAAUAAAUUUCUUCUUGUCUCA